AUGGAGCAAAAUCUAAAACUAACUCCCUCGGAUGGUGAACUCCUCAAGGAUCCAGCUCAAUGUCGCAGGUUAGUGGGCAAACUAAUUUACCUCAUCAUCACCAGACCAGACACCAUGUACUCUGUCUCCACACUUAGUCAGUUCAAGCAGCAACCUAGAAGACCGCACCUUGAUGCUGCACACCGUCUUCUGCGAUACCUGAAAGGAGCUCCCCGUCAAGGACUAUUCUUCCCUUCACAUAGACAGUUGAACUUAGUCGGGUAUUGUGAUGCAGAUUGGGCUGGAUGCCCAACAAAGAGACGAUCAGUCACUGGAUACUACAUAUUUCUUGGCAAAGCACUUGUGUCCUGGAAAAAGCAAGAAGCAAUCAACGAUAUCAAGAUCUUCAACAGAAGCUGA